GAAGGCGUCGAGGGCGUUGCUAAGGCGAAGAAGGUUCGCAAGAUGAUCUGGUGCCUGGCGGAGGCUCACCGCGCGAUGAAGCGCAGACUGUGGCUCACCGACGGCAUUGUUUCAACGGCGAUCUUCCAAGAUGCGCGCAAGGGCAAGCUGACCAUAAGGUUCACUGCAGUGGACGUGGAUCUCUACCACAAGGUUAUGGCGUCAAUCGAGGCGUAUACGAGCGAUGCAGCUGCUGACGAAAUACGAGCAGGAUUCAUGCUCGCUGGACAAACGGUUAGAGCAGAUGCGGCCAAGGUCAUGCCGAACCUCAGGAUCGUCACGCGUGACAAACCACACGCGACAAGGCGGCUGGCCUCGCGAGGCUGGAAAGCGGACCCUUUUCUCGACGACGUCCAGGGCAUGUUCGUAUGGAACGAGCAGUCUCCAGUCCGGCUGAUUCAGUUUUCGGAAGUAUUCAGCGCUUGGUCCCAGGCUAAUGUGCAAAAGAUCGAGCCGCACCUCAAGGCCGCCAACCCCCACCAGGGCUGCAAGGACUUGCAUUUCGCCCCGCACCGCUUCGACAGCGCCAGCAAGCCGAUGAGCCGGUGCACCAUCUACUUCCCUGCGUUGGUGGCGACAAUGGACCAGAUAGUUGCCAGCAGAAAAGGGAAUGCAGAGGCGGUGGCGGCAUCGACCUUCCUAGGUUGGCUGGACGACGAGAAGGCGCUCCAACUGGCGAUGCUCGCCGAUGCAGGCGACGAGCUAUCAGACCUGUUGCGUCUACUCGACUACGAAGGUUUCCCACUCGAAGAUCUUUCGUUCAAUCUCAGUGCUUUCCUUGAGCGCCUGAACUAUUUGUUCGUCGGCUGGGGUGGGCAGGCGCCUGCGUGUCUGGACGGGGGCUACACCAAGCACAUGAUCGACUUGCUGAGGAACCCGCUUUCGAUCCCAGUGGCGGGCAGGUCGAAGGUUGGAUCGUGCAGCGGGGUGUCCUUGGCCGCUCAGGCCAGGUGCCUCGCGAGGAUGGGGAAUUGGGUCGUGGUGGCAACGGAAACGCUGAGAGCGGAGUUCCCGUGGUUUGAGGUGGUUCAAGCAUGGAGCGUCUUCAACGUCGUCGAGCGGGACCGAGACGCUGGCCAUCAUUCAUUACGCGCGCGACGCGCGCAACGGCUUGAACAACUACAGCGGUUGGUAACGGCAUUCGGACUUCAAGCAGAUCCCGAACAUCUUGAUGACCAACUGCAAGGCUUACGCCACGUUGCCCUCCGGGUGGCUGCAGAAGAGCAUCUCGAAUCUCGGGACGCAUGGGUUCGCGCCGUGACCAUCGCGAGACGGACCCGGAUGGCAGGGUCCAUGGGGUGUGGCAAGGACUUGCUGAGUUUGCUGGUCCGCUUCUGGGCAUCUGGCGCCUCCACGAGCGGAGUUGAGCAGUCUUUUGCACAGAUCGUGGGGUGCUCCGGCCCAAAACUCUGCAUGGGCAUGGGGGCCCUCGAGGACAGGAUGGACAUCUUGGACCUGGAGCUGAUAGACGAGGACUCCGUCAUCAACCUCGCCAUGCAGCUCUGGCGUGAACACUACGGCUGCUCGCGCACGUCAGGGGCGCGACCGAAGAGGAGCGAUACGGGUGGGACUCGACAGAAGAAUCAGGGCGAUCUGCCCACGGAGUUUGCCUUCUCGAAAGAGCGCAGAGCAGCGGUGACAGAAGCUUUAUCCAGCCUCCCGACGCAGGACGUUGGAGCCAUCACCGACACAGCGGGCGCCAGAUGCAUGGCGACAUGGACCGACUCCCAUGACAAGGAGAUCAAGUUCGCGAAUGAGAAGAGGAUCAAGCGGAUUGCAGAGGAGACGUGGGCUGGACGGGACCAGGCCUUAAGUAGUGCAACUGAUGAUGAUCUUGCUGUGGUAGUAGCUACGCUGGAAAGGAAGGUGAAGACAGACAAGGCCUACGUAGCGCAAUGCGCCAAACGGAGGCGCCUUCAGCAAGGCCCCACGCCGAGGUCCGUGGAUGACAGCGCAGUGUACGUGGAGGCUGGUCUUCGGACGAUUGACCUCGAUAACUUCACAGGUGUAUGUGCUAGCAAGCAGUUACAGCACGUAGUUUAUGCCAAAGACGCAUCUCUCUUUGUGGUAAAAGACAUUGCCAAUAUAUCUGCGACAGUGAAGUGGAACGCUGCAUUGUGCGGUGGGACCAUUUGUGAGUGGCCCUUCGUCCAGAAGGGGAUCGGGCCAUCGCUGGCCCUCCAUGCGGGGCUCGCGUCGAGGCGCCUACUUUUUAUGACAGGUGUGUUCGUGGCUGCACAGCCACGCCUUGCAGAAACUAUCCUCGUUCGUAUGGGAACGUUCCCCAAUGCGAAGUGGAGGAUCACAGAGAAUCAAGCCUGGUUCACAACACGAUCCAGAGCUGAACCUUCAAUCGCCGUCGCCCUGAUUGCAACUGGAGAGAACGCAGACACCGUGAUGCCAGACGUCCGUCAAGCGUUCACCUCAGCCGAAGCGCUGGACUUCUUCUAUCGUGUAGACGACCUGUCUUCAACAAUCGGGGCUUGCAGCCGUUGA